ACAAGGUGUACUCUUGCGUCUCUCCGUAAAAAGUAAUUUUAUUGUUGCGUGUCCGUUACAACGUCUGGUCAUUAGAGUAUCGUGUCGUGGAUAAUAACAAAAUGGUUUAAUUGUGCGAAAUAUUUAUCGAUGAUUCGUCGAUCUCAAGGUUAAAGGAGGUCUAAAAAGAAGAGAGAAAUAUUCUCGAAACCCCAAUAUAGUAGUCGAUGACCUGUCAUCCUACCUGUAUCUCAACGUAUUUUUAUUAUCUUUAACUCUCCUUUACUCGUACCGUUCACUCACUCGUAUGUAUAUAUAUAUAUAUAGUUAUCCUUCUUUUUUUCAUUGCCUACCGUUCCGUAGUAAAAAAAGAUACACAAGGGCAAACUGUCAAGCAUCGAAAAUCCUUGAAUUUUCGUGGAUGAGAGUAAAGGCGCGCGUGGGAUGUGCGCGAACCGUGCGAAAGUUUGACGGGAGAGAGUGCGUGUUUUGAGGUUAUUUCUGUAUUGGCCGCCAGUGUAACUGACCUACUACACCCAUCGAAGGCUAACUCCGAACCUUUAUUUUGCUUCUGACAGUCGUCUCGACAAGACGGUCUUCUAACAAUCAUCUUCGAAGAUCAAGUGGCGAGAUCGGUCUUGGCGCUUUUCGCUCGAGUGAACACCAACGUCGUCCACGGUACUACUUAACCUCAAAGUGAUACUUAAACAACGAGUUUAGAGGAUAGAAAUCGAGUGACAAGCAUUAAAUAUACAUCGUACAUCUCUACUAACUUUGUCGAUUACGCGAUAUCGACACUUUAUUAAGGAUAGUAAGGACGCUUUACGCGCCAUUGAUACAUGAUCAACAUGCCAAAAUUGUGGCAGCUAUCCGAAAGCAAAAAGAAGCAACUGUGACGACACGUGAACGAAUACAAAACUUUCUAUAGUUUAAGCAUUUGUAGUGAAAGGUUUGAAACUCGGUGUACAAGAUGUUGUGUCUUAAGAAAUUGUAUCGAGAGGAGCUGUUGCAGCUGGCGUUGCUGCUCUCUCUGUUAAGAGUAGAUCCAGAGUCCUACUUUGGUUUGGAUAUCCAAGCUAUGGGUGUAGGCUCUUUGGAUCUUCAUAAUGGAUCUGGAUGGCAUACAGAUGCUCAUACCAUUGUACAUCGUCCGAUGUUUGUACAUCCUAAAAAUUUGGACUCGAUGCUCUUAAACUAUGAAAGAGAUCUCUUUGAAGAAUUAAACUCUUUGGGAAGGUACAAUAGAUUGAAUUCAGGUUCCAAUGAUAUCCAUGCAUACUUACUGAAUAUAGAGGAUACUGGUAGAAAUGCGGCUGUGGCUGGAUCUAGUUUACCGGUUUCUACUGAAACAGCAAGAAAUAUGACAUCUCCGGAUUCUCCUAGUUCUUCUCAACAACCAGCAGAACCCAUCGGUGCGGCAGAACUUACUCAAGAGGACAUGGAUCUGAUCGAAGUACUCUGGAAACAGGAUGUGGAUUUAGGUUUUACAUUGGUUGAGCCAACGAGUACCAGUUGUAAGAAAAAAGUCGCUUCUACGUCCGAUAAAGAAUCCGAGGAUGAGAUCGAAAAGCUCAAAGCUCUGGAAGCCAUCAAUGCCACCAAUCAAAAGGAGGACGACGAAGAGGUUGAGGUAAAGCAACAGCAGGAGGACAAUCCUUGGGCAGGACGUGAUUACACCGUGGAUCUCGAAACUGGGGAAUAUAUUCUCAGUUCCUGCAGUCAGAACGGAAAUAGCGACGCUGAGGACGACGAUCAUCUACUCAGAGAAGAGUCUUUUGGCUUGGAUCAUCAUCCCUUGGCUGGCUUAUCCGAUGAUUCUUUAGGUCUUAGCGAAACCUUGGGACUUGAAGAUGAUUUCACGUCGGAGUUACUCAGUGAUAGUCUUUUAGGAAGCGCCGUCGUAGAGGAUCUUCUCGGUGACAACGAUCUCGGCCUACCCGACGGAUUCAAUCUCGAAGAGGCGCUUCAACUCGUUGGCCUCGAUGAGGCUCAGCCAGAGGACGAGGAAACGAAGUCCGAAAUAAAGAAGGAAAAGGUGGAAGAGGAGAUAAAGAAGGAAAAAGAGGAAGAGGAAGAAGGAGAGGAAGAAGAAGACGGAGCGAAGGAAUUUACGAGCGCGAAGGGUGACGUUGCUGUCAACGGCUCGAGUAACGUCGAGGUCGCGAAGUCAUCCAGGUGCGAGGAUCCCGAGACCGGCGACAUGAUUCACACACCGCAAUUUCAUCAUCCCCAUCAUCCGCACCACCGUUCGUUCCAGGGCCGCAUGCCGUUCGUGCGUGCAAUGAGCAUGGAGCAGCGGUGGCAGGAUUUGGCAUCGUUAUUAUCUCUUCCCGGUGCUCCGGAUCAUUUUGCGCAUCCAUCGCAUCCUGGAUACCCAGGACACGGUAUAAGUCAUAGCCACUACGAAGCACAACGUAAUGUCCUACUUCACAAUGCCACUUUGGCACCACCAGUUGGGGAUCUUAACUCGACGGGUCCUUACCACAAUGUAGGUGGCUCGUCGAAUCUUGGAUCAGCCGUUGCAACUUCGAUGAAUUUAACGAACAGUAGCGAACCAAUGGGCGCGGAAAGUGGUGCCGCUUACAAAUCUGAGCCUAGCGAUAUGAUGUAUUAUCAUGCACCAACGUCAGACUCGAUAAAUCAAACCACUGACGGUUUUCUUUCGUCUCUUCUCAAUGACGAGGAUUUGCAUCUGAUGGAUAUGGCUAUGAACGACGGCAUGUACACCAUGCGCAUGCUGGACAAUGGUAGCAAUAACGCAUCUGGGCCAACCGGAGCGGCUGCAUUGCCAGGAGUCCAAACAGCCGGUGGUACCACGUCAACAACGACGGCCCUGACGAGCGUGACGAGUUUACCUGCUGUCACAGACGAGAGGAUGGAUGCCUCUAGCGACAGUGCCGUUAGUAGCAUGGGCAGUGAACGCGUACCAUCCCUCUCGGAUGGGGAGUGGAUGGAAACUGGAUCUAAUUCCAGUCACACGCAAGCUGACUCACAUUACACCAUGGAUUAUGCUAGUAAGUACCGAAUGCCUUACGACUGCAGUUACUCCGUUUCCGGAAGAAACGCUGGUUCACCAAGAUGUCAACCGGAAAGGACCGUACCGCCGGUUGCACAGAAAAAACAUCAAAUGUUCGCCAAACGAUAUUUCCAAGAGCAAAGCACCGGAUCACCUUUAGGAGGAACGGCGCAUCCAACCACCCCUAUGAAAUACGAGUAUGACUCGCAUACAGUCGGUGCUGGGGCACCAGGCAACGCUUAUUCCGGUCCGAUAGAAGGUGCAGCCGGUCCACAGUCCGAAAUUAAAUAUAGUUGCAGUGUCGACUUUACUCGUCAUCAAUCUGGACGAUCAGCCAUCGAACACGUUCAUCAUAAUCAUACUUAUCACUUGCCCGCUGAAAGUUCAGGAUCUCUCCAGCGUCCUCUUUCUCGUGAUAAGAAAGUACGAAAGAACGAGAGCGAGGAACAUUUAACACGGGACGAGAAACGUGCGAGAGCGUUGAACGUGCCGAUCCCAGUGAACGACAUAAUUAAUUUACCUAUGGACGAAUUUAACGAACGUCUAAGCAAAUACGAUCUCAGCGAGGCACAGUUAUCUUUGAUACGUGAUAUCAGGAGGCGAGGCAAGAAUAAGGUGGCAGCACAGAAUUGUCGCAAACGUAAACUCGAUCAAAUUAUCAGUCUUGCCGACGAAGUGAAGGAGAUGCGCGAUCGUAAAAUGAGACUCAUUCGGGAGCAUGAUUUUAUGCUUCUUGAAAGGCAACGCGUUAAAGACAAGUUCAGUCAACUUUAUCGCCAUGUUUUCCAGUCUCUUCGAGACCCCGAUGGUAAUCAAUAUCAUCCAUACGAAUACAGUCUUCAGCAAUCUGCCGAUGGCAAUGUCUUGCUUGUACCAAGAAAUCAAACCAAUCCUCAUCAUCCGUGUCCUUCAUCAAUGGAACCGAAGACAAAACCAGAUCCUGAACACAAGGAAUGAAACUGUUAAAGGAUCGUAUUAUAAAAACGAUUGGUUAUUCAGGAAAUAUCGCUGUCGUUGUACAGCGAUUAGGUCCAUAAGGACUAUCACAACGUUAACGAUGAUGUUGACUACGAGCUUUGUGUUAAAGCCAGAGACAUAUAUUUGCGAUACAAUCCUUUUGUCGAAUGGACUUCAUGACUUCGCAUUUGACAUAUUUUGCACGCUAUUCGAUUGAACAACGAAUUUGCCAAAAAUCGCGUAUUAAACUUAUCGGAAGAGCUACGUAAUAUUAUAUAUAUAUAUAUGUGUCUGUAUAUAUAUAUAUAUGUACGUUUAUCGUGUACAUAUUUAUCAAAAUAUUGAGGAUUCUGGAUAAGGAAAGAAAAAGAAAUGAUCUACGAUUUAGGUCAUAUAAUGACCAAAAAUGAUGAUAAAAUUGCAGACGUAAUAUAUAUGUUAUUCACAUUGAAUGUAUCUUAUCAGUGAAACUUACGUCAAAUGUUAUAUGUAUAUGUAUUAUGUAUAUUCUUUUUUCAAAGAGCGAAGUUUCGAGCAUGAAAGUUCUAUAAUCGAAGACCGAUGUUUCUCAUGUAAUGUCUUCACCAGAUUUGGAGAACUUAUAUAAAACGGUAUGAAAUAAGAAUAUUUGUGUACCUUCUUUUGUUGCAGCGAUUUUACCAGUAUGGUUGUUUACGAAAGACGUUUACGUGUUCACUUCAACUACCUCCAUAACUUUGUAUGCUAAAUUAUCACCCUGGAUUUGCAUAUUAUUAAAACGAAUAAAACAGCACGAUGGUAAAGUGUCCUAAGAACAGAAAAAGUAAAAUGAACUUGCACAACGGACGACAGACUUAAUGAUGAUUACUUUUGGACUUGGUUCUUUUCGCAAAGUUUAAAAGUGCUCAACUUUACGCGUAAAUUAUAGACGAGAAUCGCCACGAUCAAAUCAGUGCGCAAUUGAUCUCUUAUUCCAGUACUCUUCUUCCUGCUUUAUGCUUAGGAUACAUACAUUAGUUAACUUUACCAAGUGCAAGUACGCACUGUUGUACUUCUUUCACAAUAAGUGAUUAUGCUGUUUUUUAAUUCCUUUGUCCUUAAAAACAAAGGUUUAUCACAUUUCGAUAUGAUUAUAUUUAUCUAUGAAUAUUAUACAUACAUAUAUAACGAUUUUGUCGAAAUGUGUGAUUAGUUAAUGCAAGCCAUCGAUUAUGACUGCAAUUUAAAAUGCAUGAAAAGGCCAAAAUCUAUGCGUUAUUCGCAUGAUUUAUCAGAUGUGCAUAAAUUGAGGAUAAAAAGUAAUUUUUUUCUUCCUCUUUCUCUUUUUCUUUUUUCUUUCUUCUUCUUCUUCUUCUUUUUUCUUUUUUCUUUUUUUUUUUUAACCAAUAUAGAAAAUAAAUAUGCGAAUAAUACAUGGACUAUAAUACUAAAAUUCUUUUAAGUCAAGAUUAUGCUCCAUCUGAGGAUUUAAAGAAAUCAAAAUUCAGAGAUAAUGCUCUGAAAGAUGAUUCAAAUGCAAAGUUAUAUCUGCAUUUAAAUGGGAAUAAAGUAAGCAAAAUAUUGGGUGAUAAAAGGCAAAUGAUCGAGACAUUGCUCAAGUAUUGCAAAGUUAUACAAUCUGAUCUAUAAAAUGCAUUGAUUUUCACACAUAGUAAUGUCGCUUUGGGAAAUGUUUUAAAUUGUUUAGAUAAUAUGUGUGAUAUAAUCUAAAUACGAUAUAUAGGAAAUGAUACAAUUUUGUGAGUACAUCAAGGAUGAAUAUGCUGUACUGCUACAAUAUCGAGUAUUCAUUAAAAUACGAACAAACAAUAAAUACAGAUAUUUUUAUAAAAUAAGAGGUGAGAAAUGUUCGAGUAUUUCACAUUUGCCUUUUUAUGUAUAUAUUGAUGUAGUUAGUAUAAUUUUCUAUAAAUACUAUAAAUAUAAAUAAGACAUAUAUAUGUAUUUAUGUAUAUGCUUACUUGUAUAUAUAAAUACAUAUACAAGAAAAGUAAUAACUGGAUAUAUAUUGUAACAUUAAACAACAAAAAGAAAAUGCAGUUUAUGUCGAUAAUUAAUAAUAAUAAUUAUAAUAAUCAGUCCUUUAUUAACAUUUACAUGCACGAUUAUAUUCAUACUACUGGGUGUAGGAUGCCUUUUGCUGUACCGUACUUUGCAAGCAGAGAUUUUACCAUUGAAAUUCUUAUGUAAACUACAUACACAAAUACUCUGCUUUGCUACUGUAUAAAUAAACCUGAUUUGUACGGAAUUGCAUAAAUACAUUCAAGAUCUCCAUCUGUCAUUAAAUUUCUAUAUUGUAUAAAUAAAUUGAAUAAAUCACUGGGGAAAGUA